UUGAUUUUAUUUUUUAAAUAUCAAGGUGAUCAUGCUGUUCUGUGUGUCAGAAUCAAGAACGUAGCAGUAGCUGUGACAAAAGCAGCUAGACUUCACCUGUUUCAAGCACAGGAAUGGCAGAAGCUGCAGAAUGGUAUCCAAGAUCACAGCUGUACAGAGAAGUUCUCUAAAGCUCAGCUGACAAUGACUGUGAACCACACAGAGCAAAAUCUGACAGUGUCCCAGAUUCCUUAUCCAGAAACAUGGUAUGUGUUUUAUGUAGACAAGUUUACCUGCGAGGAGAAUUAUUCUGAAUCCGAGGAUAUUCAGUUUGAAAUGGUCUUACUAAACCCAGAUGCAGAAGGGAAUCCAUUAGAUCACUUUAGCGCAGGGGAAUCUGGAUUACAUGAAUUCUUUUUCCUGCUUGUCCUAGCAUACUUCGUAACUGCUUGCAUAUAUGCCCAGUCCCUGUGGCAAACAAUUAAGAAGCGUGGACCUAUGCACACUGUAUUGAAGGUGCUGACAAUUGCAUUGCUGUUGCAGGCUGGCUCAGCAUUUGCCAACUACCUGCAUUUCUCAAG